CCGAAAAAUUUUCCGAACAGUUCGUUAGACACGUUACAGUAAACUUGAGUCUCGCUCGUCUUCCGGUUAUUCGGCUUCGUAACAACAGACUUCAGAAAAUCGUUCGGUUAGCGAUUUUUAUGCGAAGCAAAGUACGCUAGUUAUCGAUUUAACGAAAAUGUUUAAGUUGGCGAUAGUUGGACUUUUCGUCGCUGCGGCGAUGGCACUGCCAGCAUCUCAGGAAAACCAUCCUGCCGAUCUCAAUUGUCUUGAGGAGGACUCACUCUUCAGCUGUCUCUUCGUCAAGGCUUCGAGUGCUCUUGAUAGAGCUGCUCGAUCCAGCAACAUCAAUCUCAUCGAAGGUGUCACUUUUGUUAGAGAUACGCCACUUGAACGCACUGCAAAGUCAUUGGAGACCGAGACGGAAGUAUUGAACGGAUUGCCCCGUGAUGCUUCCGACAGGACCCUGGAACUCGUUACGAUGCUCUACCAAUCAGCAGUUUCCUUCCUGAAGAGCCACAGUCUCAAGAUCAACGUACCUGAGGAAUCCUUCUCUCGAGCCCUCGUUGAAGGUCGUGGAAAAAUAAAGAAAGUACUACUCCCCCUGAUCGCCGCUGUUGGUCUCAAGAUCUUCGCUGUUGUGCCCAUCAUCCUCGGAGGACUUGCAAUCCUCGUAUUGAAAGCUCUCUUCGUAGGAAAAAUCGCUCUCAUAAUUGCUGGAAUAUUAGCCUUCCAAAGGCUUUUCGGCAGCGGUGCUAGCGGCGUAAGCGGCGGCUCAUUGGGAGGUAAUUUCUUGAACAAGUACACACAGCCCGCUGCCUCGUGGGUCGACAAUGGUGCAGGGCAAGGAUGGGCCGCUGCUGGUGCAGCUCAGACAGCCGGACAAGGUUACUACAAACGAAGCUUCGACGACGUCAAAAACGACGCUCAGAACCUCGCUUAUUCGAGUCACGUGCCAAAUGCAACUGAUUAAUUGGUCACAGCAAUCGAUCCUUCGCGAGAGAAUAUAUUUUUCUGAUUGCAAUAGAGGAUGAGUGUUCGAAAGAAAGAACGAAAGAGAGAGAGAGAGAAUCGGAAAGAGAGAAAAUGGAGAAUGAAAGUUGUAAAAGAGGACGCACGAAUGUCUUGCUCUUUCGAUGCUCACCGCACCACACGACUGUUUAGUUAAGUAUUUAUGAGUAACUGUAUUUAUGUGUGUUUUUUUCUCAUUUCCCGACAGCUGUUGUCGACGAUUGAAUGCAAAUAUUUUUAUAAUUUCAUAAAUUAUUAUCGACAAAAGAAAAAGCUAAUAAAUUAUUGAAAAAAAAA